GAGAGAGAAAGUGAUAUACAGAGUGAAAGAGGUAGAUAAAGAGAAAGAGAGUUGAAUUUCCUCAAUGAUGCACAGCAUUCUCUCUAUCUCUUUCUCUUACACACACACUCCCUCUCUCUCUUUCUCUCUCUCGCUUUCACUCACUCUCUCUCACUCACUCCCUCUCUCUUUCUCUCUCUCUCACACACACACACACACACACACACACACACACACACUCACUCUCUCUCUCCUCUCUCAAUCCGGGAGGAUAAUGAGUGUAGAGCGGCGCGAGGAGCGGACCUGAAGGAAACCCGGAGAGCAGCUGAGUCCAGAUUCCGCUCCAGAUCUGUGCGCGCGGAGCUGAAGAGCCGAUGUGAGCGCGCUGCGUCCGGGAGAAGCGGACCUGAGGGAGACCCCGCGGCAUUCUUCCAGCAUGGCUUACCCUCAGGGCUUUCUGUACCAGCCCGCCGCCCCCCUCGCCCUCUACUCCUGCCACCCGCCCUACGGAGCGCGCGCCGAGGAGCUCGGCAGGUCCUCCUCGUCUUCUUCUUCAUCUUCUUCCUCCUCAUCUUCCUCUUCGUGUCCUUCUGGAUCUGCCUUCGCUCCGUACGCAGGAUCCGCGGCGUUCACGAGCCCUGCGCCCUUCAGCGCGCUCCAGUACGGAGCGGAACCGGCGGCGCUCUCCGCGUUCGUGGGCUCUCCGUAUGACCCCGGUCCAGGUGUGGGGGGCUCUGUGGUGUUCCCCCCGUACGGCGGCGCUCUGGGUCCGUUCCCGGCGCUGGACCCCGCUUACCGCAAGAACGCCACGCGCGACGCCACGGCCACCCUGAAGGCCUGGCUGAGCGAGCACAGGAAGAACCCGUACCCCACCAAGGGCGAGAAGAUCAUGCUGGCCAUCAUCACCAAGAUGACCCUCACACAGGUCUCCACCUGGUUCGCCAACGCCCGCAGGAGACUGAAGAAGGAGAACAAGAUGACCUGGUGCUCCCGGAGCAGGAGCGAGGACGAGGAGGAGGAGGAGAACAUCGACCUGGAGAAACACGAGGACGACGAGGAGCCCCUUAAAGCCAGCGAGACGACCCCCGAGCCCGGCAAGGAGUUCGGUGGUCUUCCUGUCAGCCCCGUGUCCAUGACGUGUGAGGGUCUCACUAACAGCCCCCCUACUGAAGCGGACCGUAUAAUAAUAGAGUCUGAGAAACGAGCCGCGUGCGCGUCCCCGCGGCCCACCGCAGCCCCCUCCCCCGAGCCUUCGGCUUCCACACAGCCCCCCGAGCCCGGACAUCCAGCGCAGCCCACGAACCCGCCCCCCAAACCCAAACUCUGGUCUCUGGCCGAGAUGGCCACUUCGGACAAGGGAAGCAGCGAGCGCGCGCAACCGUGCGUCCGCGCGCCCAGCCCCGCGCCCUUAUCGCCCCCCCGCGCGCCCCACUGCCCGUUCCCCCGGGUUCAGCACCUGUACUGCGCCCCCGCGGCCUUCUACCCCGCCUUCACGAACUACAGCCCCGCACACAGCCUGCCCCGCGCGCACGGAUUAAGAGCGGGGGUCGUGCUAAGGGAGAGCGCGCUCAGAGCCCCCACGACCACGGACACGCGCAGAGAGUCGGCCUUCGAGCACAGGAGGGGUGUUAAAUAGCCCCGCCCGCCCCCUGUCAGCUACUGCAUCUCCCAUUCCGCGAGGAGAACCGAGCUCUGUCCAGAACAGACUGAACAACAGAGCUGCGCGUGCGUGCGUGUGACUGACUGCGCGCGACUGUGUGUUUGUGCGCGAGGCCUUUUUGUAUUCAGAGGGGAGUUUUAUGAAAUGAUAUAAAGUUAUAAUAUUGCUUCUUCACUAAUCGAUAUCGAUCAGUCAGUGUAAAUGAGGAGGAGCUGAGCAGGAGGCCAAAGUAAACUGACUGCUUCACAAGAAAAAAUCCACAUUAAAGCUUUUAUGGACAUUGUCUGCCAUUCACAGAAUUUAUUAUUUCAUGUAUAAAAAGAAAAUGUCCUCGUUUUAUCUUUUUUUUUUUAUUUAUCUCAUGUGAGAUAAAUUAUAAGGAAUCAGAGAAUUUUAUAGACCAGCAUUUUUGAACCUACACUGUAAAAAAAAGUCAGGAGAAAAAAAAUGGGGAAAUAUUACAAAGUUGUUUUUUUUUUUUUUUACAGUGCAAUAUUUAUUCUCAGCAUAUGUCCACUGACUUCUUCAAUGAGCUAAGUGUGUUUUCAUUACAAAAAAUGUUUAAAUUAUUGUUUACAGUUAUAAACCAUAUGCUACAAUGAGACAGACACACAGCAAAUUUGUCAGUGUUAAAUAAACAAUGUGAGUGUAAAAAAGGUUAAAGUGUUUAUUUAACACUGGCAAAUUUACAUUGCAGAGAUUUGCUGGAGCAUUCCUUUAUUUUCUGCCAAAACAUAAUUACAGUGAAUGGAAAGGAUACUUAUCUACCUAUUCAGUAACAGAUUAGAUUGUUUGUAUGGCAAAUAAAUUCUACAUUGUUUGGUUUGACCUGACCAAUGGAGUGACAACACAUCUAUUCAGUAUAGUAGCCUUUGCUUUUUUCAUGUAAAAAACAGCUGCAUUUUAUAACAUAAUUUAGCAGAAUCUUCACAUCAAGUUUGAUGCGUUUUGCCUUCUGUGCUCUGUAAACAUAGCUCUCAUAAACUUCCACUAUUUCUUUUCUCUCCUAGCUGUCCACAUCAGUGCUCCUCUAAAAAGUGCUUAUUAGUGAGGGAGACUAUAGCUUGCGGUUGUUUGUGGACAUAAACAGAUUAGAAUUAACUUAGACAAUUUUCAGCUCUGCUCUGAGCAGUAUUUUCUUAAACCUUAAGGUUUGUGUUCUGCUUUGAAUAAGAUGAGAUGUCCCUCUGCCACACGGAUGUUUGACGCAACCAUGACAACAGAGCUCUGAUUGGUCAGCCAGAUUUAAAUGCAUCUUUAAUUUAAUUGAUGAGUCCAUCAAUUUUGGACUCGUGAAAGAAUCAUUUAUAUGCAUGUGUUUGUUUUCAAAACAAAUUAGGCUUGGUGUGAAUAGGCCUUAAUUUUACUGUUUUAAAAGGAGUUUUUUUUUUUUUUUACUAUCUCAGUAUAGCUAAAUGACUACAAAGUAAAGUAAUUUAGGGUGGAUUGAUGCAAAAUGUUUUUUUUUCUAGAGAAAUGAAGAGAUCCCAGACAUCCGAAGCACUUAACCUUACAGAAAAUGGUCUAACGGUCCAAUGCAUUAUUUUAUGAUUUUUUUGACUGUUCUGUUAUUGUUGUAUAAGGUGUAUAAGGUUCGGUUGUAAAAUGAGUUAUUAAUACAUAAAGAAAGGUAUGGUUUCCCAUACAGGAAUUAAACAUAGUAUUGGACUACACAACAUUUCAAAUAGAGAUUUCUAUUGAAAGGAAUAUAUAGUCUAUGAUUGAGCUUAAUCUGUGUCUGUUAAACUGCCCAAAAAGUUUAAAGCAGAUCCACUAUUUUACUGUAUUGAAAUUAUGCCUUGAAUUGGGUCACUUAUAUAAUUUCAAGUGUCACAUCAUCACCGUUCUUGUUCCUGGUAAAGUAAGAAAACUAAAUGCAAGUGUUUUUUUUUUUUUUCUGUGCUGCUACAGGACACACGCCUGAAAUCCGAACCCUACACUGUGACUACUGCUUUCUUUCUAAAUAAUGAGAACUCUCAUAACAUUC